AUGCCAUUGCAUCAACGACAUUCAAUUACCCAAGCACCGUCAACUACUAAUGGACGCCUUUGGAAAAGUCCGAGGAAGGAUCCGGAUAAAUCGAACCCCGACCGAAAGGAUUCGCGGUGUUUGUCGCCUCAGAAACAAAAUGGCGAGCCGCUGAGCAUCGUUUGGCUCGCCCUGGUAUUCGGAUCCUUAGUGUAUACCGCGGUAAAGCUUCACCGUACGAUAUUACCGAACAUUUCUGAGCAUUUGCCGGGAUCGUCUCUGUACGCUGACGAGUUCGUGGCUCGUUCUUCCCCAUCUUGCACUCUCUGGUUAGCGGAAUCCAUCGUCUUUCCAGGCGAACGUGGCGUCUUUGUGGGCACUGCCACUCCCAUGGGACAAGCAUUGGCGCCACCGGAAGUUCUUUUGGCAAUUGUGGACGCCAAUGUGAACGAAUUCAGUCCGUGGCACGACAUUGCUCGCUCUGAACAUACUAUCGCCACUGUCUUGAAAGACCAACCAAAGUACCUUUCUACCCAUCGAUUAGAUCUUGUUAUUCCAGGCUUGUCGUCGUUACUGGGAUGCUCAGACGAGUUUGCGAAUGUAAUCCUCAGCCGGAACACCACCGAUAUCGGCUUGUCUAUCACUAGUCCAUCGGCCGGAAGCUUUUCCCACGUCUACCAGGACAGCGUGCGUGCUGCCUAUGAUUUGUGGGCAGGCGAAGAACUAGUAUUUCCUUGUCCUGCACAUACACACGGACAUUUCAAGGAGGAGUUUUUACUACCGAGUGCCGCCACAAGAAACGUAUUUUCCUUACAGGGGCGGGAUCCACUUUGGCUCGAUGAAUCACAGCAUUCAAUUUGUAUCGACAACUUAAUUGACGAGCCCACCACCGCCGUUUCGCAAAAUGUCGGUCGUGGCGCGUUUGCCAAACGCGGUGUCGGUGCGGGUGACGUUUUGACAACAAGUCCAGUUAUUCUGGUCGACCGCUCACAGAUGCAAAUUAUGGAGCACAUUUCUGCCGAUCAAAGCGACUUGCCCUCCGCAGUCUUGCAGCAAGGGGUAGAGUUCUUGGACAAGCUUCUGGGAUACCAGUUAUGGACGAACUACUGUUUCGGACGCCCGGAAAGUACUAUUAUGUUGUUCCCAACAUCUCCUUUAGUUAACGCAAUCCAUCACAGUCCAAGCAAAGAAGAAGCCAACGUGAUGGUGCGUUGGAAGUCCGGUAGCCCAACAACUACUGAGCUUUUGAAACAAACGGCGCACGAAGCUUUGGCCAUUCCUGCCUCAAAUGAUGUAUUGAUUGAGUAUGUGGCAAUACGCGACAUACAACCUGGCGAUGAGAUUUUUUUGAAUUAUGGAGACGAAUGGGAGGCUGCUUGGCAGCAGCAUGUAGAGUCGUGGGAUCCUCUAGUGAGCCAUGUCAUCAAACCCUUCCGUCACGAAAUUGGUCUACCUAAGGGUUUCAUUCCCUACACAUGGUAUACUGCUGAUCCCGAUUCAAAAGGAGACUUUCUACCCCAAGCUCUGGCGCCAGGCGAACUAGCUCCUAUUCGAUGGAAUGAUACCCAGGAAGUGGUCACACCAAAUGCAUAUAGGUUGGGACUCGAUAAAAGUGUGCGUAUGGGUCUGCUCAAAUAUUGCGACGAGAUGGGUAUAACAGAUGUUCUUAGGCGGGUGACUGGUGGUGGCAACAGUCUGGCAAUUGAUUCCAACACAAUAGUCCACUUAAAUGGAUACAAAUGGUUUCUUCAGCGGCCCAAUUCAAAGUGGAACUCAAAUCUGUCUUGGCUUUCCCCCUACGAUCAAAACAGUCAUGAUGAUUAUCUACAAGCGCUAAGCGCUUCUAAGUUCGACGCAGUGCUUGACGCUAUCGGUCGCUCAUUAAACAUGGAUGGGCUUGUUGCGUUCCAUCUCACAUUUAUCGCCGUGUCAAGGUCAACGAGGGGCUACCUGCACUAUGAUCUCCGCAAUACUGGUAGGAAGAUGUACAAUGUCAUUAUUCCACUGAAUCUCGCGGACGAUACCGGGCCAGAACUUGACUUGCAGGAUGCAUCCGAUGAUGCUGCGAUUGGUAGAUACAGGUACGAAUACGACGUAGCUUCUUUGACGGGCGACGACGCGUACCAUGCGACGUCAGCAUGCGACUAUCGUAGCACAAAAGAAUUCCGCAUGGCAGCAACAGUAUACGUCGCCGAUGUUAAUGAAAUGAAUGCGGAGUCGAUUGUUGAUGGCUACACGCAGUACUUUCCCCCCACGGACAUGGAGCUUCUCUUGUCGUGGGCAGGCAGACACUGGAAGAAAGGGGGCGGGGCCAGCCUCCCAAAACCUCAUCCGAACCACAUUUUGAGUCGGUACAGGGAAUAG